AUGGCUAAUCUUGCAAACUACCUCUUUGGCAACGUUGACGAAGAAGGCCAUCUCGAUAACGUUGGAUUGGAUGAGGAACUGCGAGAAUCCUUGCAGAAAGUGGCUGAAGAAGCAGAGACAAAGUUGUUCAGUAGGAUAUUUUUAGCCGAAUCACUGGGUUUAGUCGAGAAAGACGAGGAAGAGUCUGAGAGAGUUGAAACACCAAGAACGCCAGUUGAAUCAAUUGUAAAACCAGCCGAAGAUGCCAUAGACUAUUCAGAUUUCGAUACAUUAUUUCCAGCAUUUCGUAGCGACGAAGUGCUGAAUUUUACCGAAUUAUUUGCGACAAAGAUUACUAGAAAGAAAUUGCAACAGAAAAAUAAAAAUGGCAAGUGUUGGCCUAUACUCGACACUGAUGAUCGCGUAAUGUUUCAGAAUGGCGUGCCUCGAAUACAAAAGGAAGUUUCUGCCCUUACUGAAAUAUCCAAUACAACAGACAAUACCAUUGUUCCACCAACAUAUGAUAUUUCAAAUAAAGUGAAUCCGCUACCCUCAAAGGACGAAAAUAGAAAGCCGGAAAAGGAAAUAAUUUGGAAAAUACCCGAGAAGUCUAAAACUUAUCUGCCGGUAAUGACAGUUUCAUGGGAAGAUUACAUUAUUUGGGAACAUAAACCAUCACAGAGCUGGCCCAAUAGUUCUCUUGUUCAGAAAUCUCUGUCAGCCUCUGACUUAACCUAUCGCCAAUUAGAAGAGGACGACUGGUUAGACUCUGUAUUAUGUGAUGAACCAAAAAUAGAGUGUCCAUUCACAAAGCUUAUUUAUGACUUGAAUGACCCGAAUAUGUUGUUUGAGCACCCAUCGCUUGCUAGUGAUAUUGAAAUACUAACACGAGAUGAAGAAUCGGACCCUUUCAAUAUUUCAAACGAUCAACUGUAUGAUACGAGCACAGAGAUGAGACAACAAAGAGUCAGGCAAACUAUUGGGCAACUAGUAGUUCAGCACUCGUUACCGGCUUUGAAAUUAAAAUCUCCUUUUUUCAAGACAAAGCUGUCAAAAUCGGAACUUCGCGCGUUUCAUCGUCCGGCGAUACAAUUCCAAGUCGAUAGAUUAAUUACGUUUGCUCGGACCAAGCCCAAAUCAAAGAAACAAAAAGAAAAGAGCACAAUAGAUAUCCGUAGUUCACGUGAUUUGACACUAAGAGACACUGGUACCUUCGUAUUGCUUGAAUAUUCUGAGGAAUAUCCACCAAUUAUUUCUAAUGUGGGAAUGGGCAGUCUCCUACUCAACUACUAUAGGAAAAUUGAUGAAAAUGAUUCUACUGUGCCGAAACUCGACAUUGGCGAUGCCGUUGUUCUCGAUGUAUCUGAUGCAUCCCCAUUUAUGAAUUUCGGGGAUGUUGAACCAGGUCAAAUAAUUACCGCUUUAUACAACAAUCUUGUAAGAGCACCAGUGUUCAAGCACAAUCAAAAAGACACGGACUUUCUCGUCAUAAGGAAUACAUACAAGGGAAAAUCUAAAUACUACGUUCGCGAAAUAAAGAAUUUAUUUGUCGUCGGCCAGACAUAUCCUAUGCAAGAAGUACCUGGACCACAUUCCAGAAAAAUAACAAACACCGUUAAGAAUCGACUACAAGUGUCCGCAUUUAGACUCAUAAAGAGCAGCAUUGACCAGACUUUUAAGUUACGACAACUUUCUAAACUAUUUCCAGAAUACACCGAAAUUCAGAUACGCCAGCGUGUAAAGGAAUUCGCCGAACUCGAACGUAGAGACGAUAAUGGAGGUGUCUGGCGACUAAAGCGUAGUCUUCGCCUUCCUACGGAGGAAGAGUUACGCAAAAUGUUAUCACCAGAGAUGAUAUGUUUGUAUGAGAGCAUGUUGGUUGGCCAGCGACAUUUACUUGAUUCUGGGUAUGUAAAAACAGCCACAGGCGAAGAAGAAGGCAAUGAUGAAUCUAAGUUAUCUAUCGAGGAACAGUUGGCUCCUUGGAUUACAACACGAAACUUCAUUAAUGCUACUCAGGGAAAAGCAAUGCUUAAACUUCAUGGUGAGGGAGAUCCUACGGGGUCAGAUGAAGGAUUCAGCUUUAUAAGAGUGUCAAUGAAAGAUAUCUUUCUGAAAGCGGGAGAGUCU